AUGACAGGCCGCCAGGCCGGAGAACCGCCGACUUCUUCCCGAUAUCGAUCGAUCAUGGCGUCGUCGGCGGAGCCGCCGCCGAAGAAGCGGAAGCUCGUCGAGGCCCAGACCCCCAGCCCCUCAGGCACUCCGCGGCCGCCCCCGCCUCUGCCCCCAGGCCUCCCCCUUACCCCACCGCUCCCCGAAACCCUAGCAGCAGCGGCGCCCUCCGCCCCACCACCUCCCCCUCAGUCGCCGCCGCCGACACCGGAGGAGCUCCACCGCAAGCGCAGCAACCGGGAGGAGCUGCGCAAACUCUUCGAGUGCUACCGCCGCAUCCGCCUCUGCGUGGAGCGCAAGGACGCGCGUCUCAUGCCCGAGCUCGAGCAGGUCUACCUCGCCUUCAUCACCGCGUCCCGAGGUUGCACAAGUGUACAACGUAUCUUAGCUAAGCUGAUUCCUCAAUAUGCCUCGUAUUGUCCUACUGCACUUGAGGCAGCAGCUAAAGUCUCCAUCAAGAUGUACAAUUGGAACUUGGCCAUUGUAACAAGAGGGGAGGAUGCAGAUGGCGUGGCAUAUCAGACUGCUAGGGCUUGUAUUGUUGGCUUAGUUGACAUAUGCUCCACAGCAUCUCUUGAAGCUCCCAAGUCAUCUGUUAUCACAGGAAUCUGUUCCGCAGUCUAUAUGACUGUCCUCACUUUCUUCAUUUCAACAUUUGAUGGGAAGGAUAUCCAUCAUAUAGGCUCCAGAAGACUUUCAAAGCUUCAGGACCCCAUGGAGUUAUUAGAUAUUUUAAAGCAGGAGUCAGGGGAUGACAGCCAACUGGCACAUGAUUGUUUGUUUGAACUGAGGGCACAAUCCUUGCUAUGCAUAUUUCUUUUAUCCCCAGAGAAUCUACUAGAAGCGUGUUUUGCGUUGAUUGCUUCUGCAGAAACUGACCAUAUAAGAGGACUGUACUUUUUAAAUCAGCUGACCUGCAAUGUGAGCAAUGAUAUCUCAGAUCUUGCUCUGGACAAUAAGGCUGAUGUGGCUUCGCAGUGUACUGAGAUGGAAAUAGAUCUGUCUGGCACCAAAGAGAUUGUUGAUUCAAAGCCUUCUUCUGAUGCGUCUGGUGUUUCAGGAAGGUCUAUGGUAGAAUCAAAUGAGUGUUACAUCACAAUGGCAAUAUCUAGACAUCCAUCUUUGAGAGGUUGGAUACUGCGGAGGUACAAAAAAUUAUGCGAUUCCUGUGGAUCUACUGUGCUUUCAGAGGUAUCAUCUUGUUUAAAAGUUUUGGGCUCUUUAUCAGAACUCGAUGAGGAUAAAAGUUCCAUGGACUGUGAACCAUCAGUGCUGGAGAAGCCCGACAAAAGUGCAGGAGAAAAAACUGUCAAUAUUGAUACCCAUGUAUUAAAGUCUGUGCAGACAGAUGAUGUGAAAACUGAGAAGCUAGCAGAUGCGAAAACUGGUGGCCGCAAGAGUGCAAGACCUGAUCUUUAUGUUGCUUCUGUCUCGAGUGAUGUAAUUUCGGUCUCAAAGGAACUUUGGGUUGGUUCACUGGGAAAUAGUGCUGCAGAGGCACUAGUUCGAUCUAAAUUCGAGGAGUUUGGCCCAUUAACGAACUUUUUAUUUUAUCCUUCCAAAGAAUUUGCCUUGAUUGAAUAUGGAAACAUAGUGCACGCUGUUCGGGCAUGUGGAUAUAUGCGGGGCUCCUCUAUUUGGGGUGGUGAUCUUCAAAUAAGGUAUUUAGAUAGACUUAUAGGUAGCAAGGGAUUUGUUGGUGGUAUAGCUGUUGGUGAAAGCUGCCAUAUUUAUGUUGGUAAAGUCAAGAAUCAGAAAGAAAAAGAUGAGGUGUUCAAUGAAUUGAAGUCAGCAGGCCUGAAGAGGCCAUGUGCCUGUAUCGAUAUCUCCGGCGAAAAUGCUUUCAUUCUUGAAUUUGAGACAUCAGUUGAUGCAGCUGUUGCAAAAGCCCAUAUUAGGCGCCAAGCUCAUUCAGAUGUUUGUUCCCAGGAUAAGAAUACAUCUAUUCAUCAACUUUUGGUACAUAACAUGGACAAGUCAAUCCCUGAGACGGAAUUUAUCAAUGCUUUCUCACGAUUUGGUGAGGUCAGUAGGUGGCAGUUUAAUCGGAUUGAUGGGAGCUGCUUGAUAGAUUAUGAAUCACACAGUGCUGCUGCCUGUGCAAAGUCGCAGAUGCAUGGUGCAAGGUUUGGCUUGAAGUUGAUUAGUGUUGAAUCUAGGACAUGCAGCGUAGGAACUGUUCACGACAAAACAUUUUCACCUGUUAUUCGAAUGCCAGCCCAGAACCUUCCGGACAGCAGCAGUCACCAUGAGAUCAGUGAUGGGAACAUAUGCAGGAAUCCAAGGGUUUCAGCUUAUCAUACAGGUUACACAGUACAAGGGGAUCGGCCAAUAUAUGGUCCACUACCUCCCAGUACACAACAAUUAUGGCAGUACAAGGAUCUAGAGUCAAACAGGGCUCCACAAGGAAUGCCUCCCUGCCCACCUGUUUCCGCACAUCGUUCUUCUGUAAUGCCACCACCACCACCUCCUAUCCAAACUUCUUUUGUUCGUCCUGUAUAUCCUGGUCCGGGCAGUCCAUGGGAAAACACUACACCAAAUCCACCCUUCGGCCGUGUUUCUCCUCGCAUUGUUUCUCCUCGCAUGAUGCCCGGAAGUAGCUUCCGUAUUCCGUCUGCUCCUCCUCCUUUCAUACCGUCAUGUAUCACCCCUCUUACACAGCUUCCUGGAAGCUCAGCACAGCAUUCAGAGAAAAUGCCACCACCUAUACCAAAUGUAGCUCCCUCACCAUUUACACCUCUAGAUAUGCCACCUCCACCACUAUCUCCACCACCAUUACCUGUUUCCGAGCCACCUUCUGUUCCACCACCCCCAAGUUCUCCUCCGGCACAACCUUCAACUGAUCCUUGUAAUUCACAGAAGCCAUGCCCUCAUCCUCAAUGGCAGGGUUCUCUUACAAAAAGUGGCAUACACUACUGCACAAUCUAUGCAAGUAGAAUAGAGUUGGAUGCUUGUAGAUACGAAAGUACUGUUUCUGAACCAGCAGAAUGGCCCUCAAGAUUAGAUGUUCUAAAGCGCACAGCUUUCCAGCACGCGAAGACAAUCAUCUCCAAUGCUCCACCUAAUAAAAAAGAAGUCUGUCGGUUGUUGCCUUGUUCGAAUGGUGAUCAGAAAGGGUUCCGGGAUUUCAUCUCCUAUCUGAAGCUGAACAAGUACGCCGGGGUCAUAAAGAUUGCUCCUGUGAAGCCCAUGGGGUCGAGGCUGCUAUUUAUCCUUCCUCCCACAUCUGAGGUGUUUGGACUGCUAGGCCUUCCGCCUCAACCGACCGAAUGUCUAAUCGCCGUGGUUCUGCCAAAGGAAACAACCACUGAAGUGUCUUGA